AAGUUGAUGCAGUACAGCAGGCUGUACCAGCAGCAGCUCACGGCAAUGGGCGCGCAGCUUGCCGAGUCUCAGAAGGAGGCUUUCGAGCUGCGGCAGCAACUGGAUUCUGCCCGAGCGGAGCAGAAAGCGGCGGUCAGUCGGUUGGAGGCAGCGGCCGCAGCACAUGCGGAGCUCGCCCUCAUCGCCGCCCUGCCGCAGGUCCCCCCCGACCUGCGCAACCGCCUCUCAGUGCUGUACAUCGCCGCUGCCGGCCUCAACCGCCCCACCUCCUCCAACGCCUCCGGAGCCCUCUCUGCUACCGCCUCCAUAAACAACCUGCCCUCGCCGGCCCAGGCCUCUCCGCGCAUUAUGGGCAACGACAUCAUGGGCAAUGCGGGCAUCAGUGGAGGCGGUAUCCCCUCCGCUAACUCCUCCCCUGCGCAUUCCGCGCAGCCCUCGCCCACUAUCGCCUACCAGUACUUGGCCCUCCCGGACUGCAACACUAUGAGCCGGUCACGAAUGGCGGGCAACGGGGGCGUUGGGGGCUUCACCAGCCCGGUCCGUGGUGCGGGUGGCGUCGGUUAUAGCAGCAAUUCCCUCGCAUAUUCGCGAACGCUUGGCCGUGCCAACGGUAAUGGCAACGGUAAGAGUAACAGCGGGGACGGUGGAGCCAGCAACCGAGGAGGAGUGCGGACAGCAUUCAGUGCUAGCGGUACCUUGGAAAACGUGUACGGCGGUGUCAACGGUAUUAGCGGCAAUCUGGGUAUUGUCAGUCUUAACAUUGGUAAGCAGGGCAACGGCAAGCAAGGCAACGG